AUGGCGCCUCGACGCCGUGUAGUUUCCGAUUCCGAGUCCGAGUCUGAUGAACCCGCAGUCCCUUCGGUCCCUUCCAAUGAUGCGCUCGAAAAGGCUCUACGCGAGACCGUCGCGACAAUUUACAAAUCGGGGAAUAUGGAGGAAUUGACGGUGAAGCGGGUGCGCAUGGCGGCGGAGAAAUCUCUCGGGGUCGAGGAGGGCUUUUUCAAAGGAAGCAGCACUUGGAAGUCAAAGAGUGAUCAGAUCAUUAAGGAUGAAGUGGAGGUACAAGAUCAGCGGGCGCAAGAACCGGACUCAGAUGAAGAACCGGAGGAGCAGGCUCCUCCCGCGAAGGCUUCUUCUGCAAAAAGGACAAAACUCGACAAAACUGAGACAUCACGAAAGCGACGGAAAACGAGUACAGAACCGGAAGACCAGAGUGAAGACAGCGCGCCACUAGACGAUGAGAGUGAACAAGAAGUGAAAAAGCCCGCUAAGAAGCAAUCAAAAACAACUCUCAGAAAUACUUCCAAACCGAAGCCUUCGAAAGAACAGGUGUCGGAUGACGAGGAUGUAGAGGACCAGAAGGAUGACGCCGCACCAUCGGAAGAGCCCGAGAAACCAAAAAAUGACCGCGGAGAGGACUCGGAAAGUGAAAUGUCCGUGGUUCUUGACGAAGAGCCUAAGCCGACCCGACGGCGACAGAAAAGCGCCGGUACCAAAGCUUCAACCCAGACACGGAAGAAGACGACGGCCACAUCUAAAGCAAAGGACGCGGACCUUGACCCAGACCAAAAGAAGAUAAAGGAGUUGCAAGAUUUGCUGGUAAAAUGCGGGAUCAGGAAAAUGUGGUGGCGACUGCUGGCUCCAUAUGAGACAUCUAAGGAGAAGAUCGGGCACCUUGAGGGCAUGCUCAGGGAGGCAGGAAUGACGGGGCCGUUGAAGGGAAAGGAAGCUGAAAGGAAAGCCUUGAAGAUCAGGGAAAGGCGUGAGCUUCAAGCUGACGUCGUCUCGUGCCAAGAGGAGGUAAAGAUAUAUGGCAAAGGCGGUGCCGACGAAGAGAGCGACAGCGGGCGACCAGGACGACGUUUAAACCGAGGCCGCAAACACCUUGCCUUCUUAGAAGAUGACGGCGAGGAGACGGAUUGA